AUGUGCUCCAGCUUAAGUGACUUCCUUUCCUUGCUCCUCCUCUCCUCCUCUCUCCUCCUCCCUUCUCUCGUCCGUGCCCAGUCAAGCACCCAAUUCGGCCAGUGCGCCGACAACUGCGUCAGCACCUACCCGACCGUCAACCACUGCAACGGCACCGAGACGGGGUCCGCCCUCGACGAAUGCAAAUGUGAAAGCUACUCCCCCUCGGACGACCCGUUGAUCGGCUGCGUCCUGGGCUGCCCUGGGGACCAGCAGCUCGCGUUUGCCGAGAGCCUGCCGAAACUCUGCGCGCAGACCUUGUUCCUGGGCCUCGACUUGUCCGACCAGCCCAAGCCCUCGGCGGUAAACACAGCGGCCAGCGCCACGAUCGACACAGCAAACGCCACGGCUACAGCCACGACCAGCAGUAAUGGAGCGAUCAGAUUUGGAACGGGCACCGACUUGCUGUCCUUUUUCUCGAUCUUGACUUUGAGCGUCGGAGUUUUGUUGUCAUGA